AUGCAUCAUAGAAGUCCGAAGUUGCUCAUAGUGUAUCUCGGAGUAUUGUGCUUGUUUUUCACGGAGGUAAGGUGUGGCUGGCCACAGUGGAUUAGGAAGAAAGACUCGACUUACGGCCAAACAAGAACACUCACUGUAGACACAUUGCAUGCUGAGGUAUACACUGCAAAACCUACAAUUUUCAGGAAGACUGACACAUCCAAUUUCGAAGCAGCUAACCCGGCGGCCACAGCUCAACCAUAUUGGGGUGUGGAUGAUAAAUAUGAAAGCUUGGAAACUCCGCGAAGCUUUUUUCCCAAGUCAGAUAGCAUUUUGGACCAUGACGUACCGAAAACAGUACUGUCACUCUCGUCAAGCGACCGAAGCACGGAAAACUUUGAUUUGCUGGAUAUAAUAUUAGCAACGGAUCUGGAGGGGAAUAUACAUGCUCUUAGGCGGUCCACGGGCGAGGUCCAGUGGUCCAUAGAUAACGCCAGCCCACCUCUUAUCUCGGUGUCUGAAACAACGCAGCUACAAAAUGAGACACUGAUCGUUGAACCAUACGACGAGGGAAAUAUCUACUACUACAACAAUUUCCAAGGCUUGCAAAAGCUGCCCAUCUCAAUCAAGCACCUUGUGGAUUUAUCUCCAUUAGAUUUAAAGACCAAAAUUGUCAUUGACGAAGAUGGAACAACAUUUGACGACGAAAAAAUAUAUGCAGGCGCUCGGCAGUCUGUUGUAUACAACAUCGACAUCAAGAGUGGUCAAAUUGUGUCGGCAUACGGAGCAGGAACCGAAAAUUUUCCUAAUCACGAUACAGAGGUCGAUUGUAAUGAUUUCGAACCAGACGCGGUUUCGUGCGAUGACAUCUUUGUGCUGGGUAAGACAACUUACCAGCUCAGCAUUUACAACAAAAGCGGCAUUGUCUACAACGUAACAUAUGCGGUGUGGAAGCAAAAUACUGCAGACGCACAUUUGGCAUCGGAUUACACGCAAGCGUCCGAUGGCAUCUCAAUCGCGCCAUUUGAUGGUAAUUCUCUUCUAGCGGUAGAUUCUGAGUUAAGACACGCCAAAUGGAUCUCCCCACAGUUCCAAAGUACCAUCAACAGUAUUUUUGAUGUUUUCACUGAUAGAGAUACAAAAGAAAUGAUUCUCUUGCCACACCCCUUGAAUCCACGGUCCGAAGGUCGCGGUGAAAACAGUGUGUUAAUUGGGUUAACAUCCGGGAACAGUUUAUUCGCUAUGUCAGACGUGCACUAUCCCUCCCUAGUGGGCUCUGCUGCAAAUUCUGAGAUUUCGAGGCAGAAAAACGAUCUGCUUCUGCAUAUGGCUGGCAAUGAAACCGUAGAACAGACCAUACUGGGCGUUCAUAAAUUGCAAAACCUACAAUUCGAACAAGUUCGCCACAAUAGGACGAACGCCAUGCAGCCUUCUUUACCAGGCAGUUCCAGACUUCUUUUGGAUGGUCCAAAUAGAUCUCUCAGGACGUCGGAUGCCAUUGCUUUAGAAGCGACUUCACCAAAGGCACUCGAAAAAUAUGUUUCGAAAAGAGAACUUCAAGUGCUGCGCUUAGAGGCAGAGGAAAGAAUCACACGAGAGCUACUUUUGAAAGAUCGGAAGUCUUACGUGUUCAGAUUUGCAGACUUCGUUUACCGGAUUGUGGAAGGUGGGCUUAUGCUUGUAGUUUCGUUCUUCAUUCUUGGACUGCUGUCAAAAUUCAGGGUUUUGGCGCCCCUGCACAUAUGGUUGGAGCGCACGGGCUUAUUCAAAAGAGACAACACAAGUACUGGUCCAGUCGAAAUAGAGAAUGAUACUAGACCUCCACUCGAUCCGGCAGUUGAAGAAGUUAAUGCAAAACAUGUCAAGAUCGAGGAACCUGAAUCGAACGUUGAAGCGAUGCAAGAUAAUACUGCGUCGGCUGAUCGCAAGAAACGCAAGAGAGGAUCUAGGGGUGGGAAAAAACAAAGAAAAGAAUCUAGCCCUGCCGUUACAGAGGUUGAACCUCGGGGACCUGAUGUUGAAGCGGAAGGGGAUCUCCAACACUUGGUGGUGACCAAAAAAGUCCUUGGAUAUGGAUCGGCAGGGACCGUCGUAUUUCAAGGUACUUUUCAGCACAGACCGGUUGCCAUUAAGCGCAUGCUUAUUGACUUUUAUGAGGUGGGGACGCAAGAAAUUAAGCUUUUAACAGAAAGUGAUCAUCAUCCGAAUGUCGUGAGAUACUAUUGCUCGGAGACUUCGGGGCGUUUUCUUUACAUUGCCUUGGAACUAUGCACCGCAACAUUAGAGGAUGUCAUUGUGGGAAAAGGAUCGAGCUCAGCAAUAUUAGAAGCUCAAAGUGUACUUGAUCCGCUAAAUGUUUUACUUCAAAUUGCUCAAGGAGUCGCACAUCUGCACGCCAUAAAGAUUGUCCACCGGGACCUGAAACCUCAGAACAUUUUAGUGGCCCCCACAAGGAAAUACAUGCAACGUUUGAACAGUCAUCUUGCCCCAAUGAGGGUACUGAUUUCCGAUUUUGGCCUUUGUAAAAGACUAGGACCAGAUCAAUCGUCCUUUCACACACGUCAAGGGAAUGCGUCGGGUACAAGUGGUUGGAGAGCUCCCGAGCUUCUAGAAAUUGAUCACAACUGCAGCGAUAGCGAUAUCAAGGAUGACGAAACAGACCUCGAAAUUUUGGAGCCCUCUACUUUCGAUCCAUUCUACCACAAACGCCUGACAAGAGCUAUUGAUAUUUUUUCAAUGGGUUGCAUUUUUCACUAUGUGCUUUCAAAAGGUGGCCAUCCGUUCGGUGACAAAUAUUCUCGGGAUGCAAGCAUUUUGAGGGCAGAAUAUUCCCUAGACGGAAUAGAAAAGUCCUUGAGAGAUAGAUAUGCAAUCGUUGAGGCGACUGAUCUACUCACGAGAAUGCUUUCUCACAAACCUUCUGAGAGGCCGACAGCAGACGAAGUAAUCAAACACCCACUUUUUUGGCCUCUUCCAAAGAAGCUAGAGUUCCUGCUCAAAGUAAGCGAUCGGUUUGAGAUUGAGAGGCGAGUACCUCCAAGUGACCUUUUGUUGAAACUUGAAGCGGUAUCAGAAAAGGUCAUACCCAAUCGCGAUUGGACGGUCAAGUUUGAUACUAUCUUCAUGGAGAACCUAGGAAAAUAUCGAAAGUACAGCGGCGAAAAAUUGAUGGAUCUACUGAGGGCUCUUCGUAACAAAUACCAUCAUUUCAUGGAUUUGCCCCCAGAGCUUGCAGAGGUAAUGGGCCCAAUUCCAGACGGCUUUUAUCUUUUUUUUGCAAGAAGGUUUCCUCGUCUGCUUAUUGAAAUAUACUUCGUUGUCCAGGAGCACCUAAGAGAUGAUCAGAUUUUGGGAAGCUAUUUGUAG